GAUUAUUUAAUAUUGUUUUAUAUUUUACAUCUUUAGUGUUUAUUGCGAGGGUUUGAAAAGUGACACUCAUGCAUAUUAUCUUAGGCUCGGCAUUGGGGCAGACUAAAAUGUUAACUAUAAAUUGAAAUUUCUGUUUGAAGGAUGGAUCCCAAGCAAGAUACAUUCAAUGAGUCAGUGUCUUCAAUAUUAGAGCGGAAAGUUAGGGGGUGGUUAAGUGGAGUGAUUGAUGAUAUGCGCCGCAGCAGCCCUGUGCAGCAGUGGCUGGACUCCCUCCCGGCCGACGGUGUUGGCAAUGACACCGAGAAACCAGAUGAAGGGACCCUUAAAGAGGUCAUAUCUGAUGACAGCAGAGCUGAAUCUGUCACUGAGAACACAGUUGUUGAGGCCACUGAUGAAGUACAAGAAGAACGAAAUUUAGAUGUACCUAGUCCUAAAGAUUGGAAAAGAAAAUCGCUAGAGAGUGGGGUGCUUACAAGUGCAUCUCCGAGCAAUGUUAGGAAAAGGUUACAGAGAGAUCAUUCUGUUCAGUCGGAGGGUUAUUCUCCUAAACUGAAAAAUCCACUUCUAAGAGAUUAUUCCCUUCAGUCAGAUGCAAGUGGAUCGAGUGGCAGCUCGGUUCUGAAUGUGCUUGGAGCUAGAAAAGUGGAUGCCGAGUCAGUACUACUGGCUCUGGGUUUUGGACCUAGUGAGAAACAACAGAAACUACAAAGGAUACCUGAUAGAUUUUUAGUUCCAUCUAAACUGAAAGGCAUAAGUACAGACAAGUUUAUCAAAGAUGAGCAACAUUCCAUGCGCAUGCACGACUGUGGAGUGUUUGGGUACCGAGGAUUGACUGGGAAUCCCCAUGUACCACCGUCGACAAUUGUAGCUAAGAUAAUGGAGUGCAUCUUGCAGGACGACGUGUGUCGCGAGGAAGCCAUGCUAAAGGUGCGGCAUUCCAUUGCGGACAUGCGCAGUCCGCUCGCUGCGCAUGUCGUGGCCGCGCGGCACUCACGCGCACACCACUAGACGUAGCUGCUUUAAAUUUAACCCAAUAGAGGGCAACUUUGGCCUAUUUGAAAACCACACAUAAUCUAAUAAAAAAACAUAAAAACGUGGACGGUCAGCUAAAACCUACCAGAUGACAAUGUGCCAUACUUUCAAUGCUAAAACCUAUACCAAGUUAAUCCCAAUGGCCAAAGUUACCCUCUAGGGACAAAGCUACCCGACUGAGCGUUUCAAUGAUUGGGUCUAGUGACUGCGGAUACCGGGUUUUUGAGUUAUAAUAGAGAGGCGUUUAUAGGAACUGGACAUUUCAAGGACGCAUAUUGUGCGUUCGAUAGUGCUCGGCUACAUAAUCUUAAAAAUCGCUGGCGUACAAAUUAAAUAUUUAUUAGUUGAACGUAAUGCCUAGG